GAGGAGGAGGAGGAGGAGGAGGAGAUCGGCCUCGCCCCCCCUUCCCUGUCGCCGGCUUUCCUUGCAGCAUUUCCAUGCUAGAGGUCUCCACCGAGCUGCGGAGAGAGGAUCUGCCUGGCUGCGCCGGGCCCUCUUCCUUCCUUUGUGCAUCCCCCGGCCCCUCCGGCUACGUCCCCGUUUAAUCCCCGUCCCUUGGAGCCUCCCCCGGCCCCAGCGGCAGCAGAAGCCUCCCUCGGAGAAGCAGAGCCCGGCAGCGGCCAGGAGCCGGUUGCCACGUCGUACCACCCGCUUCCCGGCCCGCAUCCCUGCCUCCAUCCCUGCCUCCAUCCCCGCUGCCGGCGGCGGUGGGGCCCCCUCGGCGCAUGCUGCUCGCCUUCCCCGGCUCCUGCUGCUAAAUGCUGAGUGCUGACAGGAUGGAAGAGUUUCAGAGCGAGGAAGAGGAGCCCUGGUACGACCAGCAGGAUCUGGAGCAGGACUUGCACCUGGCUGCUGAGCUGGGGAAGACACUGCUGGAACGCAACAAGGAGCUGGAGGAGUCCCUGCAGCAGAUGUAUGCCACCAAUGAAGAGCAAGUGCAGGAAAUCGAGUACCUGACCAAGCAGCUUGAAAUGCUACGGCAGAUGAAUGAGCAGCAUGCCAAAGUCUACGAGCAGCUAGACCUAACGGCACGGGACCUGGAGCUGGCAAAUCAGAAGCUCGUGCUGGAAAGCAAGACAUCCCAACAGAAGAUACAAUGCUUGACGGAAACGAUUGAGGGGCUGCAGAACCAGGUGGAGGAGCUGCAGAAGCAGGUGGAGGAGAUGCGGAGCUUGGAGCAGCUCCGCAUCCGGCGGGAGAAGAGGGAGCGGCGCCGAACCAUUCACACCUUCCCCUGCCUGAAGGAGCUGUGCUCCAGCCCCAGGUAUGAAGAUGCAUUCCAGGUCCACAGCUCCUCAGCAGAGUUCAACCAGAAGCCACUGGAGCGGGAGAACGAGCGCCUCCAAGCCAUGGUGGAUUCCUUGAGGUCCCAGGUGAACCAGGAGAAGCAGCGGAAAGAGCGGGUUGAGCGGGAGUACAGCUCUGUGAUUCAGGAAUACUCGGACCUCGAGCAGCGCGUGUGCGAGAUGGAGCACUGCAAGCUGCGCAUCAAGGAGCUGGAGGCAGAGCUCGUGGAGCUGCAGCAGGUGAAACAAGUCAAGAAGUAUCUGCUCAGCAGGGAAGACAACCUGUCUGAGGCCCUCCUGGAGCCACUGAAUAACGCCCCAGAAGCAGAUUACAUCGACCUCUCAGAGGAAGAGGGAGGGAAAAGUCACGGGCCCUCAAUGACACCUUCCCCAAACCACCCCGUCCGGAAGAGCUGCAGUGACACAGCUCUCAAUGCCAUCGUCACCAAGGAUGCCGUGAGCCGGCACGAGGGCAAUUACACACUGCAUGCCAACAACGUGCGCAAACGGGGCAUGUCCAUCCUGAGGGAGGUGGACGAGCAGUACCAUGCCCUGCUGGAGAAGUACGAGGAGCUCCUGAGUAAGUGCCGGCAGCACAAGGACAGCGUGCGUCACACAGGGGUGCAGACCUCCCGCCCCAUCUCUCGUGAUAGCUCCUUCAGAGACUUCCGGGGAGAAGGGUUUGAGUUGGAAGAGCGAAAAUCCAUGGAGAAGACCAUCAGCAAACACGUGGAGGCCGUGGACAAGCGGCUGGAGCAGAGUCAGCCCGAGUACAAGGCUCUGUUCAAGGAGAUCUUCUCCCGCAUCCAGAAAACAAAAGCGGACAUCAAUGCCACAAAGGUGAAAAACAAGAGCAGCAAAUGAGCCCUGCCCCUCUGCGAUCCCCGCCUGCUAUCCCAACAGCCGAGUCUUCUCUUCAGCUCCAGGAAACGCCACCAGCCCCACUGCUUUGAAGGUUUGAGAGGCCUCAUGGUAUGUUCUUGUAUGGGAAGGGAGCGUCCAUCGUAUAAUUGCAAGGAAAUGUCACAGAGACUCAGUUCGUGUUUUUAAGCUUGGGCUCUGGUGACUUGUUGGACAAACUGUACAUUGUAGUUAGAGGAUUUCAGAAUCUGUAUGACGGAUCUCUGCAUGAGACAGACUUCUCAAUAGCAACAGAAACCCCACCACAAAGAACUGUUCACCUCCCCCAUCCUUUUCAGCUUGUCUUACAGUCCAGUUACACGCGAGCAAAAGCCUGGAUGUCCUCCAGCACUGCAGCAGCCAGAGUUCGGCUUCGCAGCAAAGCAGUAUGAACCAUCAGAACUUCAGGGGCUGCUCAAGAACACCAGCCCAAGCCUUCACAUUGGUUUUAUGGCUAAGAACCUACACUUGUACCCAAGAGACCUACCCCCACCUUUCCCCUUCCCCAUAGGGCAGCCUGUUCUUGCUGUCCAAGCCAUUCUCUUGUCAGUCAGGUUUUUCAGCUGUUUACAAUGCAAGCUCAUUGCGACUGGAAAAACUUGAAGAGAAACAUAGAAUUGAUUAUUCUGUCUUCAUCAGUAUCACCUAGUAACUCACUCCACACCCUCCAGACUUUGUAGGCAUAUGGGAUUUCCUCACUUUAAAUCUCUCUCAGUAUUUCAUCCCAGGUGUAUCACUGUGCCUGGCAGGAACUUGAUUACCAGGGCUUUCCCAUAAGCUAGAUAAGAAGUGCUGUUACAGUUUCAGAGACAUGCUUUCACCUCACUGUCCGGGUACCAGCCCUCUGCACUGUGCUAUCCAACAGGAUGUCACUGCCUCCAACGCAGCAAGCUCCUCCAGUACAGCUUGCAUGGGCUCGCAAAGCUACCUAGCAGUGACUCAGUGCAAGUGGUAAAGCACCACACUCGUACAGCAUUGGGACCGCUGGCCCAGGCAGUGCUGAUCACACAUUGCCCUACACUUUUGCUCUGUGUUCACAGUCAAGAGGACAGAUUUCAGUCUUCUGUUGAAAAUAAUCUAUCUUGGCUGAGAGACUGUCUCCAAAGGUCAUCACCUCUCAUGUUCCAGCUCACUUUCCAGCACUGGAAUCUCUUCACUUUUGCUUCCGCAGACAUGCAAACACAGCCAAAGUGCUGCUGCAGUCUCAGGAAUCAUCACUUUCCAUUUUUCAUAAACCAGAAGUUGAUCUUGUUUGAACAGACACAUGUUUUAGGCAGAGAAGCAGUAUUUCGUCACAGCUUAGGCAACACCCCGAGCACUGUGCCACAAGAAAUGAGCAGUUCAGUGUAAGCUACCUAUUCUGUGCUGGCCCAGAGAAACUGUAGGCCAAAUUUGGAUUCUGUUUUCACCAGCUUAUAUCCCAAAAAUUUGGGUAAAUAGUUGGGAUUUUUGCAACAUUUACUUAUGUCAGUCUCAAUUUGGCUUUGGAGGGGGAAGACUGUUAAAACUGAACUAUCCUCCAGGUCUCAGGACUUGACACUAUGAAGAGCUACCUUUCUUUCACUCACAACGGAAUUAAUGCAAAAAAUACCCCUCCGUCCUUUGUCUUUCGUUAAGCUGAGUACCGCUGAGGCCAGUCGGCAGGGGGCGAUGCCCAAACCCACCUGCUCCAGAAGCCUCCUCUACUCCCCACCACCAAACGCUCCUUGCUUCCACGCUCUGCAUCUUCAGGUGCCCUGCGGCCCCCGGCUCAAGAAAAUUAGGAGCCAUCAGCACGAUUGUGGCUACCAGCUCUACAACAGUAUGAGAACCUUCAUGCCUUAUUUAUUUAUAAUGGAAAGCAGUUGACUAAAAAUAAAUAAAUAAACAAAAUGAACAAUGGCAACAAAAGCUGCAUCCCGUUGAUUUUCUCAGUGUCCCCCAGUUUCUGUUCUAUUACAGGGGUUGGCAUGACCAGCUCCAGUGCCCUCGUGCACUUGUACCAAGGGAUCUCUGAAACAAUGUCAUUUUAAGUCAGCCAGUGCUUCCUCUGCAAUCACCUGCCUGUUGCAUAUGCGUGGGAAGAGGACUGCCUUCACUUUCCAUUUUAAACCAUAGCGUGUGAAUCAGCAUCCCAGUUAAGCAUACAUCAGAUUAAAUACAUUUUCAAGCAUUUUUUUCUCAGAUAAAAAGAAACACUGUUACUCUCAGACUUUCUUUAAAGCUCUUUUUACUUUUAGGUCCAGCACAACAAUUAUGCCUUUGAUUAUCAUGUACGAUUUGGGUCAAAUAACUGCUUCAGGCUUCUUUGCAGAAAGCAGAGGGACAUGCUGAACUACACUGCUGCAUUAUUUACACAAUGCGCAUGUUGCACUUGGACUAGGAGCAUUUGCCACAUGAUGAAAACACUCUUCUGUUAGCUCAAAAGUUUAUAAAACUGCAUCAUUUCUAAACUUGUAAUUCAAAUGUUUUUGUCUGAAAACCAGACAUCAAAAAAUGACUGAUGUAAGGAACAGGAUAUUGGCGAAAGAAGCAGCUGCCAGAGAUCUGCAGUUUGUUCAGCAAAGUGCUGAGGGCAUUCUUUCUGCAUCCAAAAAUAUGAGUGGCCAUAUAUAUAUGUCCUGAUGACUGUGCGAUUCAGAGUCACUCGGUUAUUUUUUUUCUUAAAUUAGACUUUCAGCAAUCAAAGGAGGAAAAAAAUAAGCAUGUUUUGACCUUUCAUCCCACCUUCUAUUUAAACUUUGAGAAUUGCUUUGAAAAUUACAAAGAAAACUCUACAUCUUCAUUACAAGAGGUAAGAGGAGUGUUAAAUAACCACACUGCUGCAGAGAUUGGUCUAACGAAAAGCAGCAGCUAUUUAAUAGCACACCCCAAGAAUCGGGACAGGAAGAGAACAAGAGCAUAUCCAACUAUAAUGAGCAGGUACAACAAAAUAGGAAACUACUAACUUCAGCAUUCAUCAAAAGUAAUCCCCCUGUUCAGAUCACAGCACCGAGGUUAAUAAGGAUACAGCUUGUCAAGAAUUCGGUUUGAACGGAAUACAGAAGGUGACUUUAAGACAAGCACACUUCCAUCAGUCCAGUCAUCCAAGCAGAGCUCAUUCUGCUUUUUCAAAGGCUCUCUGGACACCUGAGCCAUCCAGCAGUGUGGGAAUGAAGCACGAGCAGGGCUGCCCCUUCCACAGAAUCACAGAAUGGCCCAGGUUGGAAAGGACCUCAAGGAUGAUGAAUCACCAACCCCUCUGCCACAUGCAGGGCCACCAAACUUCACAUGUAGGAUCAGACCAGGCUGCCCUGGGCCCCAUCCAAUGGCCUUGAACACCUCCAGGGAUGGACGGGGCAUCCGCAGCCUCUCUGGGCAGCUGUUCCAGCACCUCACCACUCUCAUAGCAAAGAACUUCCCUCUGACAUCCAACCUAAAUCUUCCCUCCCUCAACUUAAGCCCAUUUACCCUUAUCCUGCUGUUAUCUACUCUUCCGAAGAGUUGAUUUCCCUCCUGUUCAUAGGCUCCCUUUAGGUGCUGGCAGGCUGUCUCACUGUGGUUGCACGACCUUCACGCCCCGUCCGCAGCCCUGCCGCACACCGCACAGUGACGCCUUUCUUGGCACCUCACCAGCACAGCGGUAACGCUGACGCGUUUAAUGGCAGUUGGUGAAAAGCUUCGGAGGUCUCACCCACCCUCCGGCAACAAAUCCCAGCAAUUUACCAGUUUCCUCCUCUAAAUUAAGGUCACCAGAUGGCGCGGUCUCUCUCUGACGGUUCUGCUCUUUCUCCUUCAAGCUUUCCAUUUUCUGGCCGGGGAAGCAGAGCGGAACCCAUCCUCACCCGCUGGCCCGUGGUUCAAACCCAGAGACGCGGUCACGCCGGAGCACGGCGCUGCCAGCUCCCCUCGGAGCCACCGACCCUCACCCUGCAGCCCCGCUCGGGGCUCAGAGCUCCCAUCGCCCAGCUGGAGCCCAGCCCCGCGCAGCGCCGUGCCGCUUUUAAGCACCGUUCUGACUUCGCGCACAGGUUUACAGGCACCGUCGUCGGCACCCGACAAAACACCGGUGCUGACGGCAGCCCCGCGCUCUGCCGGAGCGCCUUCCCGGCGCCAGAAGCUGCCGCUCCUGCCCGCGGUCACGAGGCGCGGCUCAGCAGCCGUCGGCUGCCGGCUCCCAGGGCUGCGCUUCCCCCGUGCUCCCCUCCCCCCCAGCACCUCUCCUCCAGAUCUGGGAAACGCGUCAAUAAAGGUUACGGUACACGCGCACAGGUGCAUAGAUACAC